UAAUAUUAAGUCCUCAAAUUUCGUUCACAGUGAAGUUCUGUUUGCUCCAUUUUUCUCAUUCCAUUUUCUUUUUAUUUUUCUUUUUAUUUUUCUUCUCUUUUCUCUUCACCCAAUCGAUAUUCUCCGUCGCAUCAGACUUCCGAUUUGAGUAAUUAGUUGAAGAUGAGUUCCUUCUCAAUCACGCGUAAGAAGACGCCUUUCCAGAAGCACAGAGAGGAGGAAGAAGCUAAGAAGAAGAGAGCUGAGGAUGAAACAGCACGUUUGUAUGAGGAGUUUGUGGCGUCUUUUCAAGGGGAUAACACUCCGGGGUCGAAGACUUUUGUUCGAGGAGGAACAAUCAAUCCGAACGAUAGAUUGAAGUCGGAUUCUGAAGGUGAAAGGUCCAAAGAUGGGGUAUCUGUUCCAAAGAAGGGAAGUAGGUAUGUUCCAUCUUUCAUACCACCGCCUUUGGCUGCCAAGGGAAAAGAAUCUGAGAAGAAGAAGGAAGAAGAUAGGCCAAAAGAUAAGGGGAAGUCCCGGAAUAUAGAUCAUUUUAUGGAGGAGCUGAAGCAUGAACAAGAAAUGAGGGAGAGGCGAAACCAGGAACGAGACCAUUCACGUGAUGGGCGCCAUGGUGACAGUUCUGCUCCAUCUAGUCGUUUUGAUGAGCUACCUGAUGAUUUUGAUCCAAGUGGAAAACUGCCUGGAUCUUUUGAUGAUGGUGAUCCGCAAACAACAAAUCUCUAUGUUGGAAAUCUCUCACCAAAGGUUGAUGAGAAUUUUCUUCUGCGGACUUUUGGAAGAUUUGGGCCUAUUGCUAGUGUGAAGAUUAUGUGGCCCAGGACAGAGGAAGAGCGAAGACGGCAACGAAAUUGCGGCUUUGUAGCUUUUAUGAAUAGAGCUGACGGACAAGCUGCAAAAGAUGAAAUGCAAGGAGUUGUUGUUUAUGAGUAUGAGUUGAAAAUUGGAUGGGGUAAAUCUGUUGCUCUACCUUCACAAGCUUUACCUGCUCCCCCACCAGGGCAGAUGGCUAUCAGGAGUAAGGAGGGUGCUACUGUAGUCCUCUCUGGUCCUUCUGGCCCACCAGUCACAUCUGUUCCAAAUCAGAAUUCUGAACUGGUUCUAACUCCAAAUGUACCUGACAUUAUGGUUGUUCCACCUGAGGAUCCUCAUCUCCACCAUAUAAUUGAUACAAUGGCUCUAUAUGUUCUUGAUGGAGGAUGUUCUUUUGAACAAGCUAUCAUGGAGAGAGGUCGUGGCAAUCCUCUUUUCAAUUUCCUAUUUGAGCUUGGCUCAAAGGAACAUACUUACUAUGUCUGGAGGCUCUAUUCUUUUGCUCAGGGUGAUACGCUUCAAAGGUGGCGGACAGAACCUUUUAUCAUGAUCACUGGUAGUGGAAGAUGGAUGCCACCAUCUCUGCCUGUUGCAAAAAGCCCAGAGCAUGAAAAGGACUCUGGUACCACAUAUGCUGGAGGAAGAAGCAGGCGUGUGGAGCCAGAACGAACACUGACUGAUCCACAGAGGGACGAGUUUGAGGAUAUGCUUCGCGCACUGACAUUAGAGAGGAGUCAGAUAAAGGAAGCAAUGGGUUUUGCUUUAGAUAACGCGGAUGCAGCUGGAGAGGUAGUUGAAGUUUUGACAGAGUCUUUGACUCUUAAGGAAACACCUAUUCCAACAAAAGUUGCAAGGCUCAUGCUUGUAUCUGAUAUUCUUCAUAAUAGUAGUGCUCCUGUAAAAAAUGCAUCUGCAUACCGCACUAGAUUUGAAGCAGCAUUACCUGACAUAAUGGAGAGUUUUAAUGACUUGUACCGUAGUAUAACUGGAAGGAUCACUGCUGAAGCCCUUAAGGAACGUGUUCUGAAAGUAUUGCAAGUGUGGUCCGACUGGUUUCUCUUCUCGGAUGCAUACGUGAAUGGAUUGCGGGCAACUUUUCUGCGACCAGGAAACUGUGGUGUGAUCCCUUUUCAUUCUCUUUGUGGUGAUGCACCUGAAAUAGAAAAGAAGCCAGGUUCAGAAGAUAGAGGUGAUGGUAUUAAGAACAAUCAAGAUGCUGCUUUGGCAAUGGGGAAAGGAGCAGCCAUGAAGGAGCUGAUGGAUCUUCCGCUUGCUGAGCUGGAGAGACGUUGUAGGCAUAAUGGAUUAUCUCUUGUUGGUGGUAGAGAAAUGAUGGUUGCAAGACUGUUGAGUUUGGAAGAUGCUGAAAAGCAGAGGAGUUACGAAUUAGAUGAUGACUUGAAGUUGUCUCAGACUCGUUCGGGUUCUGGUAGAUAUUCAAGUGGUCAGAGAGAAACUAGCGUUGACCCAGAACCUGUGGGAUUGUCUGGAUGGAGUCACUAUAGUGAGGAUGAGAUGCAAUCGCUACGUAAAGGAUCUGCACAUAUGGCUGACACACUUCUGAUUCCACAGCCUGAACUAAAAGCAUUUACUAAGAAAGAGAAAAACGAUCCUGUUUUGCCAACCUCUAAAUGGGCUAGAGAGGAUGAUGAAAGUGAUGAUGAAGAAAAGAGAAAUGCCAGAGGUCUGGGGUUGAGCUAUUCAUCUUCUGGAAGUGAAAAUGUCGGGGAUGGUGUUAGCAAGUCUGAUGAGGUGGAGUUUGCGGCUGAUGUAAGUAUUCCAGUUCAACCUGACACUGGAAUGAAUGAAGAGCAAAGGCAAAAGUUGAGACGCCUUGAGGUGGCUUUGAUAGAAUACCGAGAAUCCCUUGAGGAGCAGGGAGUCAGAAGUGCAGAGGAAAUUGAGAAAAAGGUUGCCACAUAUCGGAAGCGGCUUGAAUCUGAAUAUGGCUUAUCAGAUUCAACUGCUGAUGUUUCAGGAAGCAAGAGAACAUCUUCAGAGAGGAGAGACAGACGAGACGAUCCUCAAGACUCUUCAAGAAAGCGGAACCGCAGCCAGAGCCGAAGUCAGAGCCCCCCAAGGAAAUCAUCAAACAGAGACAGAGAUAGAGAAAAUGAUUCAGAUAGGGACCGUGAAAGGCACAGGGAUAGAGCUCGUGAUCUGGAAGUUGAAAGGGGGAGAGAUAAGGAGCGAGACCGCCAUGAAAAGAGUGGAAGCAGAGAAAGGGAUGAUCAGGACCGGGAUAGGGGCAGAGAUAGAUCAGACAGAGAUAGGAGACGGCGAAUAAAAUGAGCCUCCAAGUAUAAUUUCUUUUCCAGCCAUGGAUACUUCCGUAGUUGGUUUCUGCAGCCACGUAGGAUGGUUUGAACUCUGAAUCUUUGAGAUGGACAUUUUGAACGUUGCAGAAUCUGCUAUUGCAGAAGUGGCGUCUGGAUGAUGCCAGAAUAUAAAAUGUCAUUUUAUAACCUAUAAGAGGAUGUGGUUUUUGAUUAGCCAUGUUGUAGUUAGAUGUGUUUUUAUUUGAGCUUUCAAAACUAAACAUUUUUUAGUGACUGAUUGUUUGGUAAAAUUCCUGAAAAGAGACCUAUUCCAUGAAUCCAGAUGCUGAGGCUCCAUAUUAUGGAGCUGCAAGUAAAGCUCGAAUGCUAAAAAUGAUUGAGCCGAACCCAAAUAUCUUCUUCUUUCGACAGACCAAAUUCAGCAAAAAGAUAACAAACGACAUUUUGAGACGAUGGGAGUAAUAAUAUAUCCAGAUGUUUCUUCUAGUUUCAUGUCCUCCGGAAGAUGUCUAAAUGGCCUAUUGUAUGGGCUACCUACAUCAGCACUGUUAACAUGGGAAACCAGUUCAAUGUCUUCAUUUUCCGGAGAAUCAUUCCCAACUUGGCUGUCCACCAUUUCAAUAGGAGGAAUAGCAGGGUUUGGAUUGGAUCUCCUCAUCGGGACCAAAAAUAAACCAAACACAGGAGA